GUCGCCCAAGUCCAAGUUGAACAAUCUAAUUUGGAAGCAUUGGGCCUGCCCACAGCCUUGGCAAGCAGGCCGAGUGUGACGACUGCUGAAGGGAAGCAGCUCAAGCUUGGCUACAAGAUGGUGGAGGUAAGCUUCCUUGACCUCGAUGUGGGUGGCGGCGCACAAGUCUUGGCUGUCCCGAGCUCGUCCAGCCCCAUCUACAUGAGGCUCUCUGAUCAGAACUUCCCCGGUGCUGUGUGCGCCUUUCUCAACGCUGCGAACGAGUGGUCGGAGGCCGGUACCAGCGUUCCGUCCACGGCAGAGAUCAGCGAGGCUUUUGGGCCCGACAUUGCCGCAGCGGACGGCUUCUGGUGCUCUGCCUACCACCUCUCGCUCUUCGCAAUCCUCGAGGCCGCUGGAGACAGCACACAUCAAAACAGCACAGCGACAGCGACCAAAGUCCAGAACAAGGUCUUCGAAUGGACCGAGCCUCUGUCGCAGGAUGCGGUUCAGAUGUCAGGCAGCGCGCCCUAUACCUCUGCGGCAAAGAGCACGGUCGUCUCCCAAAACAUCGUGGCGGGUCUCAUCACCCUGCCCUUUGCAGAUCCGAUAGCAACUUCUGAGUUCCUGCUCCUCGCAGCCAUGAGUGACAGCACAGUGGAAGCGGCGAUUUUCAGAGAGUUCCGGUCCCUGCUGCCCGCAUCAUACCCGGCCUUGGCUGUAGCCUCGUUCGCCACCACCCUUGAAGCGCAAGCUCGAUUUGGUGUGGAAGGGUUGUCGUUUGGAACGAUCGUCGAAACGGCCCAGGGGCACUUCAAGAUCGGCCCAAGGGCUCUCCAGGUGAGCCUUGUGGACAUGGCCCUGGGGACCACAAUCACGGCCGUUGACACGUGGUCGACUGCGGAGCCCUUGUACUUCAGGCUCUCAGACGAUGUAUUCUCCGACACCGCGGUCUGUGCUUGGCUCAAUCACCUGAACGAGUGGGUUCAGGACGACACCUACAGGCCGAGCGAGGACGAGCUCCGAGCCGCUCUCGGCACAGCAUGGAGCCCUGGCUUCUGGUGUGCCACGCUUCACUUUGGGCUCUUCACGAUUCUUGAGGUCCCGGUAGAACCUGGCGAUGUUGCCGGCGCGAUGCAGAACUUGGUGUUGACCUCUGCUGCACAGGCGUUCUCCGAAGCAUUCAUUGCUGCGUCCACACAGCCGCAGCAAUCUGGUGCUUUCGGGUGGAGUGCUGGGCCUGGGCUGGCUGGAGCCCUCGUCACUAUACCGGAGCUGCCUGCGUCAUCAGACGACAGAUUCGUAAACGUCGUGGCUGACAUCUACGAGGAGAUCUUCAUUGCCCUGCCAGCAUGGCUUUCCGAAUCCGUCGGUGGCUACGAUGUUCUGUCUGUUGCUGAGAUCCAGUAUGACAACAUGAACGCCACAAGUCGGAACUCUUUGCCAUCGGGGCCCCUAGCUGCAAAGACGAGCAUUACGAUGGCAAAUGGCCAGUCGGCCUACCUGGCGCCAGUACUGGUGGAGGUGACGGUGCUGAGUAACGAGCCGGCCAAUCCGCGAGCCAUCGCUCUCUCGAAUCUUACCACGCCCAUCUACAUCAGGCUGUCGCCGCAGGAGUUCCCAGGAGCGGCUUGUGCCUUCCUGAGCUCCGGCAGCUGGUCACAGGACGGCAUGUAUCGACCAGAUGCAGCUGAAGUCGCUGCGGCCUUUGCCGGAUUUGGUCAAUCUGGCUUGGAGGUGUCGACGGGAUUGUGGUGUGCCACAAAUCACCUCUCCCUUUUCGGCAUCCUGGAGCCAAUUGAGGAAGCUCCUUGUGAUGGAAUCCUGCUUGGAAGCGAGUGCGUUGCUAUUGGAAUCUUGUUGGCAGCAGUGGGGGGACCGCUGGGGUGCUGCUCCAUCUGCUGCAUUGUUUACUGCUGCAUCAAAUGUCGGCGCCCAACAGCGGGCAAGGUGAAGCUGACGGAUCAUAGAGGAUCUUCCCAUGAGUUCGGAUUUCAGGUGGUGAAGGAGUCUGCCCUGUCGCGAGUUGUGCGAACUCCCACCACGAAGUCUGGAAAAUCUGGAAGAUCCGGCCAGGAGCACGCCGAGCCGGAGGAGGUGGAAGCAGUCAAGAUCCAUGUGAGGUGGGAUGUGGAUGUCGACAAAGCGCAGGAAGCAAACUUCGACUUCAGCGUUGCUCCGGACGGUGAAAAGAAGCAAGAUCGCUUCCUCGCUGUCACAGACACGGGGGUCUUGCUCGCGGAAUCUCCAAAAAUGAGAUCGGCAGUGUCGGAAAAGUCGAACGAUGCACAGAGCGAGUCUCCUCGCAGCUCGAGGCAUCGGAAGCUCUCCGAGGCAGAAGAAAGAGUGCUGGCAGACAUGGAAGACAACGAGCCAGAGGAGUCAAGCCCUUCGCCGCAGGAGCCUAUAGAGAAGGAGGAGGAUCCUGACGACAUCCUCAUCAUCGCAAAUCCAGAUGAUGGCCAAGAUUCACCCAAGCGUAUCAAAUCUGUAUCGGGAAACUGGGAGAUGUUCGAGGACGGGGCGCAUGUCGAAUAUUGGUCCGCAACACAUGCGCAGUGGCUGCAGGGCUCCAUCGACGGCCCGGGCGUCGUCACACCAGCCGAUCCAAACUUCCCGACUUACAACUUGAUUCUGAAAGCGAAGAGGUCCUCAAAGCAAAGACGAGAAUUCGUCGAGCUUUCCGCCUUGAGGAAGCCGCUCAGAGAAGGCCACGCUGUCAGUGUCAAAUUGGACGGCGAGGACAGGUGGCUUCCUGCUAUCGUCAUCGCGCGACAGAGCAUUCCGCUAGGCUACCGGGUGCUUCUGGUUGAUGGACCUCACGACGGCGAGAGCGUGACGGUCUUGGCAGACAGAGUUCGCAAUCGGUUUCCAGCCGGGCAGCGCGUGGCUGUGUAUAGAGGCCUCCACGAAGGCUGGCAUGACGGAGUAGUUCGUGGCGACACGGCUCAUGAAGUUCCCAGUGUAUCUGUGGAGCUUGAUUCGAAGAUGGAGAUCGAGGGGGAGGUUGUGGAAAGCUUGCAGCAUCUUGUCCUGCCGGUGGACCGAACAGUCUCCGGAGCGCUCCGGCAAUCUGCAUCCUCCAACAGGGUUUCCAUGUAG